GAAAUAUGAUGAAGAUUAUAUUAAUCGGCAUGCAAAUGGUCCAGGAUGUAAACGGAAAAAACAAAAAAGUAUUUUGUGUUUUUUUAACUCAACAGAUAAGGUAGUUGAAGAAAAAAGCGAAGUAGAAGAUGUAAUGGAUGAUGAUAAUAUUAUUAUAGUAGACAAAAAUAAGGAUGAAAUUAAUAGAGAAGAAAAUGCUAAUAUAGAAAUUAUUAAUCCAGUAACUAACCAAACUG